UCUGGACUAAACCGAUUUUCACCACGUAAGAGGGUCUCCUACACUGAGAUCAUUCCCAUAUAUGUACCAUAGAGAUAAUUUAUAUAUGGUUUCCAAAGGAGCGUAGUUUAGGUAACCUUGUCCUAUCCACGUGUAUAAAAUGAGUUUUUACCUAUCGUUUCUGGUGCGCAUUUCACCUGUCUGUCAGGUGCCGCACUUUACAUUCCGUUACAACAAUGUGCAUGGAUGUAAAUAAAUGUAAACAGCUGAAAGUGGGACUGAUCUCAAUGUAGCCCUCCUGCGUGGUGAAAAUCGGCGUCUUUCUUCAGGAAGACAAGAUAUCAACCUACUUCACCAAGCCCGAAUGUUGGAGCAGCUUAGACUUUACCUACUUACAAAGUACGUUAGCUAUCUGGCUAGAUAUAUGCUACACGUGAACAGUGUGCGACACAAGUCGGGAUUUCAAAAACGAAAAGGGAAUAAAGAGAGGGAAGAGGGACGGAAGUAAAGAAAGCGGUUGUUGGACGUUUGCUUUCAUACAAAAGGUCAGUUUUUUUUUGUUUCCUGGGCAAUUGCUUAGAAUGUACAAUAGCCUAUAUUAACAGCACGACCGCGCAGAAUAGUGCGAUCUUUAGUGUAAUAUAGUUUGUUUCGAUGCGUUAGGCUGCAGCACCUUGCAGCAAGAGCGUGUACGAUCUUCCGUUUACUAUUCUAAGAAAAAAAAGAAAAACUAAAAUUGUAUUAAGCCAACUGCCUUUGGCAGGGGUAUUCAACUAAAAUGUAAAGACAUCCAGUUAGAGAAAAUUCUUGAAGCAAAGGUUCAGAAGAUCAAAAUGUCUAACUAUUUAAUGUGGUAUAUUUUAGUAGCCUAUUAGUUGUAUAAACAUUGCAUGUAACCGAUAUCUGACUUUUUCAGGUAUCUAAUCGUGUAAUUACAUUUUUGACGUAUAACAUUUUUGGUUUAUAAUGAAAUAAUAUAGAUUUGCGGUAAGAUUUCCUGCGUGAGUCUGAAAGCGUGAGUCUCACGCAAGAUACACGAGGUUCGGCGACCCUGGAAACGUACAUUUGUUUCACCUGAGUUGAUUUAUAUAAUAAAUAACAUUACUUUAUACAGUUGUUAAAAAGCGGAAACUUCGACGAGCAUGAAAUCACCAAUAAACAACAUGUUAUAUAAUACAUGCUGUGUUUGAAAGCUUUACGAUUUCAGGACAGAAAAGCCACUCUGUUAGGAACAAGGAACAUCAGUAGCUUCGCUGGUGCUAUUAACACUAAUGGCACAUUAGCGCAAAGACAGGGCUGCAUACGGCGAGUUGCGUCUUGCUUGGCAGUUAACGUUCGUUGGCGUGGGAAACGGCGGUUCUAGUGCUAAACCGCUACCGAAAAGACUAUAAAAGCUGCGCCGACAAAAUAAAAGCGCCCAGUCAGGUUCUAAAUCAUAACCUUUUGUUUUGACUAUCGGUCCAGCUCCGUAUGGGACAGCUUCUGGGGCGCUUGUGGCAAAUGCUAUAAGAUGACCGAUCUUGAAACUGGCGACACCUAUGCUGUUAAGGUCAUACGGCUAUAUUCCUGGGGAGUGGAGGAGGUCUGUGAAGAAGUACAGAUUUUAAAAACACUGCGGCACAAGAAUGUGGUCGGCUUCUCCCACUCUUUCGAAGAUGACAAAUUCAUGUAUAUUUUCAUGGAGUUGUGCAGUGGGCAGACACUCGGUGACAUUUUAAAAGCUCGGGGGACUCUGACUGAGCCCGAAGUGCGAUACUACAUUAACCAGCUGAUUUCAGGGUUAACAUACAUCCACCGGCAAGGUUACGUCCACAGGGACAUCAAGUUGGAAAAUUUAUUUAUCAAUGACCAAAUGGAACUGAAAAUUGGGGAUUUCGGACUGGCGGUCAAGCUGAAGCCGAGGGAGAAAGAAGUGUGUGGUACUCCCGUCUACAUGGCUCCAGAAGUGUGGAAACGAGAGGGCCAUGGAACGGAAGCGGACGUCUGGGCACUGGGCUGUGUCAUGUACCAGCUUCUGGUUGGGGAAAUCGCAUUCUACGAUGACGAUUACUGGGAGAUGCUCAAGAAUAUAAAGGAAGCCAAAUUUAUUCUACCGCAGAAUCUCUCUAUUGAAGCUGGGAAACUGAUGGGCAAGAUAUUUAGAAUCGACCCACGGGAUCGCCCGUCACUAUCGAAUGUCCGUCGCCACAAGUUCUUCACAAAGGGCUUCACUCCAAAGACACUGCCAGCUAGUAGCUGCAAUACACCACCAAAGCAUAAAGCAGUCAACCCAUUCAAAAAGAUUUUCAACCGUUUCAUGCGCCUGAUACGAAAAAAGCGAUCCAGAGUUGAGCCUUUACGGGAGGAUGCCGAGCAGAGUGGACUUGAGAUCCCCCAGCCUGUGGAGUCACUCCGUGUUCUAGAGGAUGUCAACAGACCAAUGAACAAAUUGACCUGGUCCAGUUGGUCAAAGUGGUUGAGGGACCUGUAGGCAGGCUGUACUCAGCAAGUGCAGUGACGCCCCACACCUGAGUGCCUCCCCCAGCUCCCUGUCCACUCCUG